GAAGAAAAAGAGCGAAGCAAUUAACAGAGCAUGCGCACCACGAAACCAUGACAAAUACGUCUGAAUCAGACCAAAUAGCGUAGCUAACGCAAAAUCCUACGCAUAAUAUGUUUCCUAAAGCUCAUGCCUGAUUUGAAUUAGAAUAUUUACGCUGAAAAUGGUCAAAGCAGACAUGAAGAAUAAAUAACGCCAGAUUGACUUAACUUCACCACUGUGUGCCAUGGAGUUUCUCCCAGUGCUUGACCCGCUUGAUAGACCUAAAGAAGGAAUCUGGUAUUCAUUGACACCAAGUGGAAGCACUCCAGGGGUUAGUGUGGGUCAUACCUGCACGUUUGUUCCCUCUGAAGAUGGUGGAAAAGGAAGAAUCGUUAUUGUUGGGGGAGCUAAUCCCAGUGGCAGUUUUUCAGAGUCAUAUGCUAUAAAUCUAGAUAAUCAUGAAUGGAUCACAUCCGACUGGAAAGGUUUAGAAGCCCGAUAUGAACACUGCAGUUUUGUGUCCGAAAGCUGUCCACAGUGCCUGUGGGUGUUUGGUGGGGCACAGCAGACGGGGAAUCGCAAAUGUAUCCAGAAACUACAGUUUUCUGACAAGGAGCCUCAGUGGAAAAAUGUAGAAGCAAAAGGGGAGCUUCCCAGUCCCAGGACGUACCACACCAGCUCAGCCUGCAUAGGGGACAAACUGUAUGUGUUUUCUGGUGGGGAAGCAGGCGCUGCACCUGUCUCCGACACCAAACUUCAUGUGUUUGAUACAGUUUCUUCCACUUGGUUUCAGCCAGAAACACAAGGUAGACAACCGGCGUCCAGACACGGACACGUCAUAGCUGCGGUUGGCUCGAAGAUUUAUAUUCAUGGAGGCAUGGCUGGAGAUAAGUUCUUCAGUGAUAUGUAUUCUCUUGACUCAGGGAUCAUGAAGUGGGAGAAAGUGCAGUCAAAAGGAGAUAUCCCACCAGGCGUUGCAGCCCAUUCGGCUGUGGUACAGGGUGCAAACAUCUAUAUAUUUGGAGGGCUGACUGUAGACGGUGCCGUCAACUCAAUGUACAGAUUUAAUACUGAGAAGAGCAGAUGGACCCUAAUGAAAUUUGAAGGAGAUUUGCCACCAAACCGCCUGGACCACUCCAUGUGUUUAUUGCCAUGGCAGUUGUGUAGGGAGAGGAAUGCAGAUGGGAUGCAGACCAGCGGUCCAGACUUUGAAACCAUCAAUCUGGCUUUUGCAUUUGGAGGAAUGGACACCCACAGCGUUAUUUAUAAUGACUGCAUUGUGACUGUUGUCAAGUGAAUUUUUAUUGCAAUUCAAGGUUCGUGUCGGUUUCUGCAAAUUCCAGAAGUCAGACUGAUUUUUAGAGAUGCCUGUAUGUUUAACUCUUGACAGCUUUUACAUGUAGGUUUCAAAUUUCAAUGUUCAACUUUCAGCGUUACUAUAAGCCUUUUAAACUAUUCUCACCAUUAAAAUUCAAAUUUUCUGCAGGAU